AGCACUCAAUAAAUAAGUAUACAUAUUUAUAAGCGAGAAACACCACAAGAUUGCUAAAUAAUUUUUUUUUCAGAUCUCGUAAUGUGAUACACCCACGUCAAAAACUCUAUAUCUUAGCUUAGGAUGGCAGCGCUGUGGUCUGGGCGACCAGGUUGGCUAGGGAAACUAGGUUUAGUAUUACUUGCUGCUUGGCUUGUGGUACUAAUUGUAUCAGUUUCCCAUGUCUACAGAACUAGUCCAUCGUCUUCUUAUUCUAGCAAUACUAAUUAUGAAGAAAAUGCUCAACGUUUGGCACGAAUGGCCAGCGAUUUUGAAAUACUCAAAAAACAAAACGAAGCUCUCAGAAAUAUAAUUAUAAGUGAUGGAUCGAAAUCAGUAAAAGGGGAUCAUUUAGGAUCGAUUCAGGAGCGACUUGAAAAAUCUUCCAUAUACUACGAUCUUGUAGAUAAGGAAGGGCAACCUUCACUAGAGUACGAGGAACUAAGACGUCGAAUACGGAAUAAUAUUCAGGAGAUGUGGUAUUACACGAACGCAGAACUAAAUAAGUUCAAAAAACAUGCAGAUGAGUUCACAUUCGAACAGCGGGAGAGUGAGGUGCUACAAGCGAUAAAGAAUAUCUGGGAUCACAAAAAAUAUCUAAUAAUGGACUUAGAUAGAUUGACUAAAUCUGAUGGACACGACGAAUGGCGCGAAAGAGAAGCUAGAGAUUUAGCCGACCUCGUUCAAAGACGUUUCAGUUCCCUUCAAAAUCCUAAAGAUUGUAACAAAGCCAAAAAGCUGGUAUGCAACUUAAACAAGGGCUGUGGAUUCGGCUGUCAGAUACACCACGUGGUUUACUGUUUCUUAGUCGCUUACGGUACAGAAAGAACGAUGAUCCUAAAAUCCAAGGGCUGGCGAUACCACAAGGAAGGCUGGGAGUCGGUCUUCAAACCCAUGAGCGAGACAUGUUUAUCAACAAGUGGUGAUUCGCAUGCUAAUUGGCCUGGCGACACCAGCACUCAGGUACUUUCCCUGCCGAUUGUGGACAACGUUUAUCCUAAACCGCAGUAUCAGCCCCCGGCCGUUCCUGCCGACUUGGCACCACGAUUACAAAAACUCCACGGACAUCCACUUGUUUGGUGGGUGGGUCAGGUUCUGAAGUUCCUAAUGAGACCGCAGGACAACAUCAGAAAAGUGCUGGAUGACGCUAAAGAGCGACUCGGGUUCAAAAAGCCCAUCGUCGGAAUUCACGUCCGCCGAACAGAUAAAGUGGGAACUGAAGCUGCAUUCCAUGACAUCGACGAGUACAUGAUCAAAGUUCAACAGUAUUUCGACGAGCUGGAGGAAAAGCCUGAAGUGAGGAGAGUCUUCAUAGCUAGCGACGAUCCUAAAGUCAUCACAGCAGCAAGAAGUCGUUAUCCGACUUAUGAAAUCAUCGGAGAUCCGAAGAUUGCCGAAACCGCAUCAGUCUCUAGACGAUAUUCCGACGUUUCCUUGCACGGAAUCAUUAUCGACAUUAACCUCCUUGCUUCGAGCGACUUUCUUGUGUGCACAUUCAGCUCACAAGUUUGCCGCGUUGCGUAUGAAUUGAUGCAGACUUAUUAUGUUGACGCGUAUAAUCGAUUUGCGUCGCUUGAUGAUAUUUAUUAUUAUGGGGGUCAGAAUCCACAUCCGCAAGUUGCAAUCUUGGAUCACAAGCCGAGGAAAAGCGGAGAAUUGGAAUUGAAAGUCGGGGAUCUAGUCGAAGUUUAUGGAAAUCAUUGGGAUGGUUUCUCAAAAGGUCGAAAUGCGAGAACUAGCAUGACAGGAUUGUUCCCGAGUUACAAGGUGAAAAAUCCAAUCAAGGAUGUGGACUUUCCUAAGUAUUCAAAUGUGCCCUUACAUGAGAACAAAAUUGAGUGAUAAGUUUAGUUACUGAAUGCUUAUUUAAUUUGCUACUCGAGUGCUACAUUCUCCUUUUAUGAAGAGAAAUGCAUCGUGGAGUUUAGAAUUUUCAAAUGAUCCAGAUUUUCUAAGGAGAGACUAUUUUCUAUUUUGCCAAUCUUGAAAGAUAAUUUUUACACUGACUGAUUGAGGUGUUGCAAUAUUAUCUAUUUUAUCUAAGUUCUGGUACUGUUAGGGGCUGUCCAUAAACUUCGUUAUCAAUUUGAGGAGUUUAAAACGAGGAUUUUUAUCUACAAACGUAGAUAACAUUUAGUAAAUUUCCUGAUGACUAAUUUGAACAAGGUUUGCGAAUUUUUUGAAAACAGCUCUGCAACGCCACAGUUCAGUAAUUACUUAAUAAUUGUGAAAAUCACUUUCAUAAUUCAGUUUUUACACUAUUUCCUCUAUUCUCCUUUUUUCAAGAACUAUUCUUUUUUCCCCUGUUUUCAAGGAAGUUGACUUUUAUCUCCUUUUCUGCUGAAAUGCGAACUGAAUUCAUCGAAUCCAAGAUGUAACUAUGUAUUUCAUUUUUAUAAAAUAUAUCUUCUUGGUUAAAGAAUCAUCUUUUGGGUUGAAUGUUGAAGAUUCGUUAUUUCAGUUGAAA